AUGGCCAUAGAUAUAAACAAAGUAGCAGAUGAAGCAAGUGGACAGCUCUUACCUGACCUGAAUGAAGAACCUCCUGAUGAGCAGGGAGAUGAAAAUGAAAUCCAUCAUCUUCAGGAAGAUCAGGUUCAUCUCAAAGAAAUUGAAGUCCAUCGACUCCAAGAAGGUCAAGCCCACUAUCUCGAUGAAGGGGAACACAGAGCUGUGCAUGGCAUAGAUCUCAAUGUUGCUGCUUGUGAGGGACAACAAGAACCUGAUGCAGUCCUUGCUGUUGAGGAAGACCAUCAACAUGGAGAUAUCAACUUUGAUGGUCCACAUGAACAUGAUGUAUUUGACCUCAACUUAGAAGCUUCAAAUCACCAACAAGAUGGAGAUAUCAACUUUGAUGGUCCACAUGACUAUGGUGUAUUUGAACUCAACUUAGAGGCUUCAGAUCACCAACAAGAUGAAGAUAUCAACUUUGAUGGUCCACAUGAUUACAGUGCAUUUGACCUCAAACUAGAAGCCUCAGAUCACCAACAAGAGAUGCAACAAAUGAUCAACACGAUCGAGGAUAUGCAUGACUAUGGUGUGUACACUGAUGUUGUGGACAUAACCUUUGACGAAGAGGAGUUGGAGGACUCCGAUGUUGAAGAAGAUGAACAUGCAAAUGAAAAUACUGCACAUCAGUCUAGAAAUUUGACAGAAGUUGAAAGGCAAGAAAUAUAUGCAGCAUUGCUUGAGAGAAGUAAUCGUGGAAGAUUAAAAAGGAAUGCCACGAAUAUAGUAGCUCAAAUGUUCCAGGUCAGUAAAUAUCAAGUACGAAAUGUUUGGCGGAGAGUGAAGCAGUGUCGUGCACAAGGAAGACCUGUGGAUGUUAGAUCAAGGAGGAAAAAUUGUGGCCGCAAAAAGAUACAAAUAGACCUAUCAGAUAUCCUUAGUGUCCCCUUGCAUAGGAGGAGCACUAUACGAUCUCUAGCUAAUGCUAUUGGUGUAAAGAAGAGCACUCUGCAUAGAAGGUUUAAGGAAGGGCUACUACGAUGUCACUCUAGCACCCUCUACCACGGGAAGAAAACAAGAAAGAGCAGUUGUGAUGGUGUGUUUCCAUGUUAG